GACCAGAGUAAUGCUUUCGUAAUUUAAAAUCGGUGGACGUGUGAGCUGCUAGUCGAAGGAAAAAUAGUUUUUCCUGUGAAAUAAAUUGUUUUGUUUCUGGAGUUAUCGGCGGUGGCGUUCUGUUGAAGGUGAAUAAAUUGUAAAGUCCAUAGAUCCUGUAUUGCUGAAAGUGUUUGCAGUGCAAAAAACGCCAUAAAGUGUUUUUUAUAGUGCCUAUACAGAUUUGGAAUGAUGUUCCUAACAAAAAAAGAAAUUCACUAAAUUAAACGGAAGACAAGUGCAGUUUGUUUCUUUAUCAAAUAUAACAUCUACAUUUUAUAAAAAAAAUAACUUCUAUAGCGACACCCGUUCCAACCUAUCCCAACCAAUAGACAUUAGUGAAGAGGACAAAAUAUAGUGGUAUUUGCAGCAGUAAAUGGUACAUUCCAAGAAAAGUGCUAAUAGCUUAAACCAGUGAUCGGUGAUUGAACCAAACGAAGCAGCAAACACUAUCGAGAGUCACCACGACCGCGAGCGUAAAAUGUUCAGUCCGGCUUAUGAGAAACGGAUUCUAGAGCACUGUAGGCCGGCUGCGCGAAGUCUAUUCAACAGUGGCGAGUCGUCAUCCUCUUUAGAUCGAUUCAUUCCAUGCCGGUCCAACAACAACUGGCACACCAAUUUCGCAUCACUUAGUAACAAAUCGAACGAGAACUCACCCCAGUCAAACAAGAAACAACGGGAUUGCGGAGAAACAGCACGGGACAGUGUCGCUUACAGCUGUCUGCUACAGAACGAAUUACUCGGCACGGGCAUCGAGGACGUUAAAUCUGUGACAGACGAUAAGGUUGGCCUGUUGUCUAAUAGUAAUCGUCCCGGGCUGUUCAAGUACCAGUCGCCGACGAAGCAGGAUUACAAUGAGCAGUGCCCGUACUCGCUAUCACCCGUUAGCAUUAAAAGUCAAAAAUUGCUCCGAUCGCCACGGAAAGCGACCCGUAAAAUCUCCAAGAUACCUUUCAAGGUGUUAGAUGCACCGGAACUACAAGAUGACUUCUACCUGAACUUAGUGGAUUGGUCCGCUCAGAAUGUACUAGCAGUGGGGCUCGGUAGCUGUGUAUACCUGUGGAGUGCUUGUACCAGUCAGGUAACACGGUUGUGCGAUUUGAGUUCCGAUGCCAACACCGUCACGUCAGUUUCAUGGAGUGAACGAGGGCACCAACUGGCGGUGGGUACGCAUCAUGGAUACGUCACUGUGUGGGACGUUGCUGCCAGCAAACAGGUUAAUAAAUUGCAAGGUCAUUCGGCUCGCGUAGGCGCACUUGCUUGGAAUGGUGAUGUUCUCUCGAGCGGGUCUCGAGAUCGCUUGAUAAUGCAGCGAGAUACACGCACACCUGCCCAAGUUUCUGAGCGACGUCUUGUGGGUCAUCGACAGGAAGUGUGCGGACUUAAAUGGUCGCCAGACAAUCAGUAUCUUGCGAGUGGCGGUAAUGACAAUCGACUGUAUGUCUGGAAUCAACACUCGUCCAAUCCGGUGCAGUCAUACUCGGAACAUAUGGCUGCAGUGAAAGCGAUCGCAUGGUCCCCUCAUCAUCACGGACUACUAGCCAGCGGAGGCGGUACAGCAGAUCGCUGUAUACGCUUCUGGAAUACCCUUACCGGGCAACCAAUGCAGUGCGUCGAUACUGGAUCUCAGGUUUGUAAUCUUGCCUGGUCGAAGCACUCCUCGGAGCUGGUGUCAACCCAUGGGUACUCGCAGAAUCAAAUCCUCGUGUGGAAAUAUCCCUCACUUACCCAGGUUGCAAAACUUACGGGACACUCCUAUCGGGUCCUGUAUUUGGCACUGAGCCCUGAUGGUGAAGCUAUCGUCACCGGGGCAGGAGAUGAAACGCUCCGUUUUUGGAAUGUAUUUAGCAAAGCGCGUAGCCAGAAGGAAAACAAAAGUGUUCUAAAUUUAUUUACCAACAUUCGAUAAACUUGCUUCGUUGAAGCGACGCGAUGAUUAUCUCUCGGCUUCAUGUUUUUAAUACCGUUGGACUGAGCGAUUCCCAUCAGCGGCGAAAUUUUAGGCAUACCUAUUUGAUUCGUUCCUUUUGGCUUCCCUUAGAUUUAAAUCAUCGGCUAUCGUUUCAAAUAAUUUAUUCUUGCACUAGUGUAUAUUUUUGUAAGUACCUUUUUUUCUUUUAGAAGAAAUAGAAUGAUAAUACAGAUUAAAGAAGGUUGCGCUAUUUUGAAAUAUUUUGCAAUAAAUAUUUGCUUGGAUGUACAAUAUUUAAUAUAGAUCAGAAACAAAAGCAUUUCUCAAGUAAUUUAUUAAAAGGGAAGGAAAGCCUAACUUUAAACUAUUGCAUCACACUAAUUGACGAAAGAGGAAAUAUUGAUUUUUUUACUGAAUGCUAACAACCGCAGCUCGUCUGAAUGUGUGUUUUUCAGUUUGUGCCUCCGACCCUUAUAAUAAAUAACUCAAGAUUAAAAUGCUAUUGUUCAGAUUACAUUCAUAUAACCCCUUAUGUAAAUUCUGCUUUUUCUAUUUGUCCCUUUUUCUGAUUACAUAAAUGCAUUUAUCGAUGGAUUAUAUCGUGACAUGCUCUAAUAACGUGAGGUUGAGAUCAUUUCAUGUACAAAAUUGGAAUAAGAUUUUAAUUUAUGAUUAUCGUCCGUGUUUAUCGCGUUAAUUGGCUUCAUAUCGAAAGUUUUUGAAGAGAAAAACUGUAAUAUUCGUUGUUAUAAACUCUUGAAAAUAAAAUGGAACAAUUUAUAAAUACGCAUCGGCAAGUAUUCGCCACGGAAUUAGAGCAGGUCACGACAUUCAACUUCUAAUCACCGUAUUAGGAUUUAUUUUCACCCAAGAACAAACAACUCACUAUAGAUGAUAUAAACAAACACGAGGCAAUAAACUUUUCCAGUCUGAAUAAAUCCGCAUUUUUCGAACUUUUCUUCAAUACACCACUUGUGACUCUUAAGAACUUUAUGCAAAUGCGGAAUUCUUACAAAUCGCAAGACUGUUAAUAACAGCGAGAUUUUUCCACCGGGAAGGUAUGUUGCAUUCGAUGUUUUAUUUGAGUUCCUGAAUGGUUUUAUGAACAGAAUUCCCCAAAAAUACCGAGCUGAGCUGGUCGGUAUAUAAAAUUAUCGGUUUACAGACCUUUGUUUGGUAGGAAGUAGGCAAUAGUCUAUCUAAUAGCAUCACUAAAAUUUACGUCCUGCUUAGUCUGUUUUAGACAUGCUAACAAUCGUUUUUUACAGAAAAAGACGGGUCAAGAUUUUCUCUGGCAGUAAUUCAAAUAUAAAAUAAUCGUUUUGGCUUUUGGUUAUGAGGAAGCUCGUAUGUAUGGUCUACUCAAAAAUUUUCAAAAUCCAUUAACAAAUAUAUGCAUGUAACACGUGCCAAAAAUACUGUGGGCUUAAAUAUUAACCUACGACUUUAAGAAACGUUCUGUACAAUAGAAAAACGCCCACUGUGUAUUUUGCUUCAUUCUUUUUACUCCCCGAUAAUAUAGCGGAGAGUGGAUGCUUUUUUCUAAACUCAUCGGGGCUCAUCGUACUCUAUUAGUCAUAGUUUUAACUUGUAAAUAGUUAUUUUAUUUUAUAGUAAUCACAUAAACUUCCUCAUCCUUACACAUAAGAUAUUUUGUGUUGUUUUUCUUUCGUAAGAUUAUCAUUCGUACACUUCUUAGCUAUUUAAAACACACUGGAAACUAAUACUAACAAACACAUGAAAAUAGUCUCACCACUUGCUUUAUUUUACUAACCCCCCUAAUGCCAACUCAUCAUCAUUUACUUCAAUUUGAGCUGGUUUUAGGGGCGGUAAGCCUCAUACUACAAUCCAUAGUUAUGCUUUGUGUUAGGUGUAUGACUAUGUGUUAGGUGUAUGACGUGUAUGCCGAUGAAGCGUGCAUGCAGAGAAGUGUUAGUCAACAGCCGAUAUCAAACAAAAAAUGUAUAAGGCUCCACCGCUAGAAUAACAUUAAUACAACAAAGGUAAAUAAUACAAUAAUUUAGUAAUCUAAUUAUAUAUUAUUAACUGUACACGAAAUAAAUAAUAGCAAAUGGUUUGUAAAGUGAAAAAUGCACCAGUAAAGUUUAUAAUAAUGCAUACUUGUAUU